UCAACCCGAGGAAAGCUCAGCCACAUUAGAAGUGAUUUCACCGCGAGAGGCAGGGUGCAGGUGGCCAGGCGCGGAGAUGAGCGCCCUCCGCGCGGCAGUGGGGUUGCUGUUCCUGGGCGUGCUUCGGGCCUUCCCAAAGGACCGACCCCUGAAGACCACCUGUGCAGGAGGCCCCAACUACUACCCUGGGGAGACUGCCGGGAGCUGCUGUCACCAGUGCCCCUCCGGGAUGUCUCCAACCCAGCCAUGCCCGCAGGGUCCUGCGCACUGCAGGAAGCAAUGUGCUCCCGAGUACUACCUGAAUGAGGACGGGUACUGCACAGCCUGUGUGACCUGUUUGCAAGGCCUUGUGGAGAAGGCUCCAUGUUCCGGAAACUCUUCUCGCGUCUGUGAGUGUCAGCCCGGCACCUUCUGCUCCACGACGGCUGUCAAUUCCUGUGCCCGCUGUUCCCCACACUCCCGAUGUUCUGGGGGGGAGAUCGUCAAGUUCCCAGGCACGGCGGAGAGUGACACUGUCUGUGAGCUGCCUUCCGCAGGACCUGGCCCCAAUUGCUCCAAUGCAGACGACUGCAAGACACUUACGAGCCCUGGCACUCCUCAGGCCACACCCACUCUAAAGUCCCCAGCUACGGACAGUGUGAGGAGCCUGCUGCCAAGAGGGAGCACCCGCCCUGUGCAGGAAGGUGAUGCUGGGCUCCUGAAGAUUCUGGAGUCGCCCGUUCCCCAGGCGAGGGAGCCCAGCGCAGAGCCAGGCAAUCCAGAGAUGAACAUGACCUUGGAGCUGCCACCUCCAGAGACCCUACCUGACUUCAGUACCUCAGAAAACAGCGAGGAGCCUGCCAGUACCGCCUCCACCCUAAGCCUCCUGGUAGAUGCCCAGACCAGCAACAGGAUGCAGCCCACCUCACCCUCGUCCACAGGAAGACCAUUUCUGGAUCCAGGGCGUAUGUUCUUUUGGGUGGCCAUGGUGGUGCUGCUGGCCGGCUCCGGCACCUUCUUCCUGUGUUAUUGGAAGGUCUUCAGGAAGCGGAUCCAGCAGAAGUUUCCCCUGGACUACCUAGCCCAGACCUUCCAGCCCAAAGUGGAGCAGGCAGAUUCCAGACCUCCUGAAAAGCUGACACAGCUGAAGAGAAACGGGUCAGUGACAGACCCCAGCUCUGUACACAAGCCGAGCCCAGUGAGCCCCCCAGCUGUGGAUACUUGUGCCAGUGUUGGGGCAGCCUGCCCGGAGAGCCUGCCCCUGCUGGAUGACGGCACAGCUGGGAAUCCUUUGAGUCCCAGGGAACCUCCAGAGCCCCGGGCAUCCACAGAACAUACAAACAACAGGAUUGAGAAAAUCUACAUCAUGAAGGCUGACACGGUGAUCGUGGGCUCUGUAAAGACCGAAGUCCCUGAGGGCCGGGCUCCGGCAGGGUCUACAGAGCCUAAGAUGGGAGCUGAGCUGGAGGUGGACCAUGCCCCCCACUACCCGGAGCAGGAAACAGAACCGCCUCUGGGCAGCUGCACUGAGGUCAUGUUCUCGGUAGAGGAAGGAGGAAAAGAGGACCACGGGCCUAUAACUGUCUCUGAGAAGUGACAUCCAGUGUUAUCUGGGGCUAGGGAGCAGCUGCCUGUACCCUUGAGAUCAAGUUAGCACCGAGCUGGGAAGCUGCUGUGGCUUGAACUGAAGCCCAGUAUCCAGUGGUAGCCCAGAGCGAAUCCUUCAGCUGCUGCCAAGAGUGCUGGCCCCUGUACCCCAGCAGUAGGCACUGGCUGUCGGGCUAGUGUCUGAUAAGGGAGAGGCCACAGGCCAGUUCCAAGCCUCCUUGCCCUCACCCCUGUGCCCUGCCUUCUCCGCCUGGGUCUCGAGGGAUGGCUUUACUGAAAUGCUACCAGCCUCCAGUUGUGCACAUGGCUCCCUGUGGGCACAGAACCAGUACCUAUUGCUUCUGCUCCUGAGGCAGAGGGACGCUGAACGAUGAGAACACCCAUCACCACUGGCAUCUUGAUAGUCUGUGUCCAUCACACAGAACCCUGGACCAUAGGGAGGACACAAUGAGACCCCCCCUGGCACAGCCUUCUUAUUCUGAAGCUUACGAAAUGGGCUGGAGAUCAACUCAUUGUCCUCGGAUGAUCCUACCGUGAAGCCUUCUGCGAGCCAGAUAUCUGUGGACCCCCGCCCCACCAGCUUCUGCGGUGACACGCCCACCCAGAGCUGCUGGAAGCUCUGCCCAAGGACUUUCUGUGACUUGGAGACGAGAGGACUGCAGUCCGCCGUCCUGGGGGUCCUGAAUACUCUGUGCCACCCUGGAAAUGAAGAAGCGUUGUCCCUGGGCCACCAGCAUCAGGCCUGGCCUCUAGGCCCCGAUGCUCCAGGUUGGAGCCUGGAUGUUGAAGGCGCCCUGAUCACACUGCUCAUCCUACUCUGUAUCCCUGUGAGGAGCCAGUGCUUCUAGACAUACCUGAGUCUCUGCUUUUAAUUUGUGGUUGUUAUUGUUGAGGCACUGGGAACCCGAGACCUUGCGCAUGCCGGGCAAACAUCGCAGGGUGGAUCAACCCCAGGCCAGCAUUUCACACUAAGCACUAAAGCUGCUGUGACCCAGCCUGGUUCCCUUCCUGGCACCUAUGGCCUCCUGUAACAGACAUGUAGGGACCCGAUGACACAUCUAUUCUGUGGCAGCCUGGGGACUCUGGACUUACCCUUGGGCCAGGCAGGGAGAGUUCUGUUUACUCAACAGCUGCUUGCCGGCUGGAGGAAGUUGAGGCCCUGUCAGGAAUCACGGGAGGAGUUUCUGAAACCGCCUGCAUCUUUGGGGGAAAGUUGGAGCAGCUGAGAGCCACCAGCGGCAUUGUACCAGGGUUUGGAUACUGGCCAGAGGGAUGUGUGAGGGCUGGAUAGCUGCCCAGUUGCCUUGUGCAAGGACACAGUGGAUGUGUGGGCAUAUACAGUGACCCGAAGCCAUGUCACAAUGACCACACGGAUGCUACACUUUUGGAACAUAUUGCCAAACCUUUCCACCUUCGCAGAGAUGAGUGAUGAGGAACUCCUGAGCACAAAGGCUGGAAGAGGUCUGUCUUCCCCCAGGCAGGGAUAUUCUCUGGAAAAGAGCCAAGGACAGGAGCCUGUAACCAGCUGUGUGCCCCUUAAGUCUCUUCUUGUCUUCCUGGGCAGUCUCUUCUUCCCUGUUCAAGGUCUGUCCUCCAAGGAUGCUGGGAAUAAAGGGUC